UUUUUGUUGUUUUUGUCUUGUUUGUUGAAUUUGAUUGUGAAUGUGAAUUAACAUUUAAUACAAGCAGCAAUUCUGUAAUGCAACUAACUUCCAAUAAGAGGCAAUCUAUAUCAAUAUUGUCAACGCCAACGGGCGGGCGUUCAUCUCCCCAAUGCUCGUAUUGCUUCAAGAGCACAAAAGCAAUAAACAACAAUAAAACAAAAGACAAUUUAUACAAAACAUAAACAAACAAAAAAAAAAAAAAAGAAAAUAAUAUAUAUUCAACUAAAGCACAGCGGCAACCAAAUGGCGCUGCUGCUGCCAAUGCCCAGGAAUGGCUUUGGCUUAAACUGUUACUGGUAUUCCCAGCUCACCUAAAACAACAACACGCGAGAGAGCGCCAGCCAAAGAGAGCGCGAGAGUGAGUCUCUUGCUUGGGCAGCGCAUAGAAAUGGGUCCGAAAAAACGUUCCAGCGUCGCGGAGCGACUGCAGCGUUCCACGGCGAAUGCUGCAACAGCUGCUGCGGCUGCGACGUCGACGUCGAUGACGACGGCAACAACGACGACGACGACGACGGCGGCGUCUGCGACAACAGCGUCAGCGUCGACGUCGACGUCAACGUCGAAGAAGCGCAACGUCGGCGGCAAGCAGCAGCAGCAGCAGAAGUUAACGGAUGAGGCAGAUGAUAAAAAGCAAGGUGUCAAGUCGGAGUUAGCGACAAAACGGCAAGCGUCUAGUGCAAUAGCAACAACAACAACCACAACAACAGCAGCAGCAACAACAACAACAGCAGCGGCAACAACAUCAACAGGCACGGAUAAAGCGGAUAAGACGCAGCUGAAGCUAACGGCCGAGGAGCGUCAGGAGGAUGGCAAAGCACGAGCCAUCAAUAAGAUGCUCAAGAGUCUGGAUAUUAAGAUCCAUGGCUUUGACAACCUGUUGCCCAGCGGCGAGGAGAGAAUGAGCGAAGGUCUCAAGUCGUCCAUAUCGGAGAAUGUCAAGACAAAAUCUCGUGCUGCUGCUGUGAAGGUCAUUGCCAGUCUGAAUCCCGGUAAGCCGAUUCAUGUGAAGCGUCAACGUGUCGAUCACGAGGCAAGCAAAGCCGACAGGGAUAAAGAAAAGGAAAAGGAGAGAGAGAAAGAGAAAGAGAAAGAAAAAGAGAAAGAAAAAGAGAAGGAAAAGGAGAAGGACAAGUUUAAGGAAAAGUCCAAGGAGCCGGAGACAGUAUUAAGCGAGCCGAAGGAUGCGGAAACUUCAGGCGUCAAGGGUGCCAAGCAAACGGCAAAAAGGGCCAAACUGGAGACGCCACCAAUGCCUGCAACAAGCAAAGCGACCAAAGCGGCGCCCAAAAAACAAAUGCAGCCAAUGCCAGAGACAAAGAAAGACAAAUACUCCAGGAGCGUGCCAGCAGCUAAAGGUGCUAAAAAGACGCAAGCAACAGCAACAGGAACAACAACAGCAGCUGCAACUACAACAACAGCCCCAACAACAGCUGGUGGAGAUCAGGAGCAGAGUAAAUCCAAAGCCACAUCACGUGCUCAACUCGACUCGAACACAGAGUCCGUGCACAUGGAGCUGGAGGAGAUUAGCAGCACACCAACGACCACGGCCACGCCCACAGCGACACGUACGCCCACGCCGAUUGAGGCAACGCCCACGGGCAGUGGAAUAGCAGCAGCAGCAACGGCAGCUGCAUCCUCGGCAGCGCCAGCGAAGCAGCGGCCAAAGAUCAAGUACAGUAAAACGUCGGCGGCAAAGGCGCGACUGCAGCAGGCCUGCAGUAAAACAUCGCUAAGUGCGCUGAAUGCGGCCAAGGAUAUAUACGAUUUCAAGUCGGGAUCGGAUGAUGAGGAGCCCAUUAAAAUGGUGCUGCCAACAUUAAAGGAAUUGCGUGAAUUCUCCGAUGAGGACAACAAACCGUUGAAGCAACUCGAACGCGACAGGGAACAGCAAAGGGAGGAGGAGAGGGAGAAGGAGUUGAAGAAGGAGGAACAACAGGUGGAGACGGUCAAAGAGGAGCAGGCAGCAACAGUUGCUGAGCCUGCGCCGACGACAACAGCAACAACAACAACAACAACCGCACCAACAACAACAACAACUGUCAAAGGUGGCAACAAAAAGCAGACCAAACGCAAGCUUAAUACGCCAACACCAACAACUGCAGCAGCAGCAGCAACAGCAACAACAGUUGCAGCAGCAACAACCACAACAACAACCGUUGCAACAACAACAACAACAAGCGCUGCAAGCGCAACAACAGUUGGAUACAAGAAGAAACAAACGACAGCCAAGUCCAAAAUUAUACAACCACCAAGCGAUAGUUCAGAUACGGAAAGCAGCGAUUCGGAGGAUGAGAAGAAGCUGAGCUGCUACGGAGCGAAGCGACAUCGCAUGGCCUCCUUGAAUGCGCUGGCCAAGGUGCAGUGCCUCUAUGAGAAUGAAUCCCGGACAGCACACGAAUUGGGGCUGUCGAAGGCAACGCAACAACCGCCGCGGAUUCGAACCUUGGAUGGCAGCGAUGAUGACAACAACAAAUGCGAUUUGCCGCCAGACAAAGACAGAGAUCGAGAUCGCGACAGAGACAAAGAUAAAGAUAGAGAUAAGGAUAAAGAUAAAGACAAGGAUAAGGAUAAGGUUAAAAGCGAGAGGGAAACGCCGCCAGCGGCAGCAGUUCUGGAGCCGCGUCGCGAAUUGCGUAAUGUGACAGGCGGACGUGGUGUGGGCAAGCACUGGGAAUUCGAUAGCGACAGCGAGGCGGAGGAGUUGCAACUGCAGCGCAUUCAGCAGCAGAAGAAGAAGAAGCUGCAAAAGAAAACGCCAGCGAAGAAGCAAACCGAAGCCAAGGAGACGGAAUCCAAGCGUGCCCAAAAGAGCCACAAGAAAGUCAUUGUCGAGGAGAGCGAUGAGGCGGAUCAGCAGGCAGCUGACGAGCACGACAGCAAGGACAAAUCCAAGGAGAAGGAUAAGGAUAAAGAUAAAGAGAAGGAUAAGUCAAAGCCACCGCCCAAGCAGCUGCCCAAGAAACGCAAAAGCGCCUUCACCGAGGAACUCAUCGGUGACUAUAAAGGCAUUUUGGCCAGAAAGCGUAUGGCCAGCCUAAAUGCCAGCGCCAUUGUGGCCGCCACGUAUGAGGUGGAGCGGCAUCUGGACAAGAAUCUGGCCAGCGAUUGCAGCAGCUUUGAGAGCUAUGAUGAGCUGGAGACGACAAGCAAGGUGGUUAGCAAAUCGGCGGCAACGAGCAAAGCCAACGCUGUCAAGCUCAAUGCGGAGCUGCAGAUCAAGAAGGAGCCCAAGGAGAGCAGGGAGAGCAGAGAGGCCAAAGAGCUUAAGGAACUUAGGGAGGCAUCGAAUAGCAAUAAACCGCAAAGCAAUAUGAUUGAGGAGAGCAACGAUUCCAAGUACUCCAAGGAGACCAAGGAGACGAACACGGACACGACAAUUACAACCACCGGCUAUCGUGGCGGUGAUUCGAGCAGUGCCAAGGAUGCCAAGGACUGCAGCCGACCAACGUCAUCCAGUGUUGUCAUCGUCCAGGAUACGGAUGUCACCAUCACCGGCGUCUAUGUGAAUGCCAGCAAUGGUGCCGCCCAGGAGGCCUAUUGUAAAAUGCAAUACCGUGUCCAGUCCAGCGUCACCGAGGAGCGUCUACUGCGUCCCGGCUCCGUCGAGCCACCCAAAUCCUACACACCACUCAGCGCCUUGUCGAGCAUGUUGCCACCUGGCGCCAGUUCCGGACUCAGCGAGGCUCAUAGUUCACCGCCGCUUCCAGUGCAACCACCGGCACCACACGUGCUACUGCCAGGUGAACCGCUCAGUGCGGGAAUGUAUCAUGCGCCGGACUUGGGAUUGCACACGGAGCACGCACCGCCGGAUCAUCAUGGUCCGCCGCCGCCAUCUUAUGCAGCCGCCGCUGCUGCAGCUGCCGCAGCCGCAGCCGCCUACCACGCCCACCAGCUGGCACCUGCGGGGGGCGGUGUGUUGCACAUGCAUCAUCAGCAUCAGUAUGCUGCCGCCCAUGCAGCGCAUGCGGCACACGCCCAUCAUUAUCAACAGGCGGCGGAGUAUCAUGGUGGCCCACCGCCGCCACCACCGCCGCACCACUAUGGUGGACCACCACCACAGGGUCAUUAUGGUCCACCGCCACCAACUGGUGGUCCGCCUCCUGUGCCGCCGGAUCGUUGUGAUGUCGGAUCGCCGCCACCUUCAUAUCGGGCCAGUGCAUAUCCGCCACCACCACCGCCGGCUGGGCCACCGCCCACAUUGGGCGGUGGAUCUAGCGCCUUCUGUGCACCCAAUCCGCAUCAUCAUCAUCAGCAGCAACAGCAGGUGCUGCCACCCCAUCACGAUCCCAGCGGCUAUUAUCAGCCGGCGGGUCCGCUGAUCUCCCCGCAUGUCAUUGCGCCGCCGCCGCCAGCAAAUUCAGCAGCAGCAGCGGCCGCAGCAGCAGCAGCAGCAGCAGCGGCAGCAGCCGCCGCCGCGGCAUCGCAACAACAACAACAGCCUGUGAAGAAGCUACCAGAGGACGAUUCUACCGACGCUGCACAGCCACAACAGCAGGCAGCGGGCGCAGAGGUUGAUCCAGCAACAACAGCACAACAACAACAGCAGCAACAACAGCAGCAACAGCAGCAGCAGCAGCCGUAUCCAGGCGCUAGCGCCGUGGCGGCAGCUGCAGCCGGUCAUCCGGGUGUGCCGUAUCCGCGCUCCAUGCACGCGGCGCAGAUGCACUAUUCGACGGCAUAUCCGCCCAACUAUUAUACGCCGUAUCCGGGCGAGGUCAUGUGCUACUCCCCGCCCGCCUAUCAGCCCUAUUUCUCCAGCAAGGUUUACCAGAGCGGACCACCGCCGCCGUCAUCAGCUCAUCCUGCUGCACAUCCACCGCCGCCGCCACCGCCGGGCGCCUAUCGACGCUAUCCGUACUAUCAGCACGCCGGUCCGCCGCAUCCGCCGCCCCCGGAGCUGUACGAGCAACAGGCGCCGCCCCCGCCACCCCAGGGUGGCUUGAUACCGCAACAGCAACCGGUGUCAAUUGCAGCGGCCGCCGCUGCCGCCGCCGCAGCAGCAGCUGCAGCAGCCGCAGCCGGUGCAACAUCCGCUCCAGCGGGCACUCAACUGGUUCCGGCUCAUCCACAUCAGCCGCAGCAUUUGGAACACUAUCCGGGUCCGCCCAGCUACUACGCCGGAUACAGUCCCGGAGGCGGCAGUGCCGCCGGUCAGUGCUAUACGAGAGGGCUGCAGGGUCCGUAUAUGGAGUACCCGCCGCAGUGUCCAUGUCCAAUGCAACAAUCGUGUCCAAAAAACGUCCAUACUGGGCCUCAUAUUGGUAGCAACAGCAACAGCAGCAGCAGCAACAACAACAACAACAGCAGCAGCAGCAGCAGCAACAACAACAUCAACAACAGUUCCACGCACAAGACGAUCAGCAACAACCACAGUUUGUUGCUGAGUGCUACGAGCAACAGCAGCAAUAUGCCAGUGCAUGGCAGCAAUGUGAGCAGCGAGAGCAGCAACAUAUUGACUGUCAGCAACUGCAACAGCAACACUACAACAGCAACAACAACGACGACGACAGCAACAACAACAACAGCAGCAACAACAUCAACAACAUCGUCAACGCUGACUACCAGUAGAGGCCCAGUUAAAAAUGGCAACACCGACAACAACAACACUAAAAUCGACAACAACAACAUUAUGCGUAUGACGACAACAAUAAUUGGAACGGCAACAGCCGCAACAAACACGACAGCAACAGUGGCAACUCUAGCAACAACAACCACCAACAACAUGGGCACCCAGUGCCAAAUGCUGGUCAAAACGGAGCUUAAAACCGAUGACAACCACACGACGAAAAUGCAAUACGAGGCGCAUGUGAUGCCACCACCGACACCACCCGAAAGCUAUUGCGCCAGCGAUGACAAAUUGCUGGAUGACUCGGAGCAGGACCAGGAGCAAGAGCAUGAGAAGGAUAAGGACAAGUUAAUAGAUAAAGAUAAAGAAAAGGUGCAGGAGCAACAUCAACAGCAACAUAAGCAUCAACAUCAACAUCUACAAUCAAAGGAUAUUGAAUCGUAUGACUUGACGGGCACCACGCCGCCUCCGCCAACUGUGGGCGUGGCACACGCAGGGACAAUGCCACGCAAGGCGCGCAUUGGCAAAAGCAUGGCCAGAGAAAUGGUCUAUGCAGCACAACAACAACAGCAGCAGCAACUGUUGCAGUUGCAAUUGCAGCUGAAACAAGCUGAAGCUGAACCACAAUUGCCUUUUGUACUUAAAGCGGAAAUCAAAGCGGAGACCAAAAUCAAAAUCGAGCACGAAGAUAUAGCAGCAACAGCUGUCACAGCAGCCGCAGCCGCAGCAGCAGCAGCAGCUAAAACGGCAGCAACAUGCAACACACAUAUCAGCAAACUGCCGGAUCUGAAGCCAACAAUCAAAACAGAACCAGAGUUGGAAAUCGAGAAUACUAAAACAGACAAGCCCAGUUUAACAGAGCCCACCAGCAGCAGCAGCAGCAGCAGCAGCAGCAACAAUGACAGCAACAAUGCCAGCGUUAGCGUCAACGACAACAACAGCAGCAGCAGCAGCAGCAACAACAACAACAUCAGCAGUAGCAACAAUAACAACAUCAGCAGCAGCAACAACAACAACAAGCAGCGCAUCAAUCUGUUGCUGUCGUCGUCGUCAUCAUCGGCAUCGGCAGCAACACAGGGCAAAAAGUCCAAGGCACAUAGCUAUAAGAGUCUCAUUAAGCAGGCGGAGCCAAAGAAUUAUUUGUGUCCUGGUCGAAAGUUUGUGCGUCGUUAUGGACGCACACCUGCCAAAUAUGUGAAGCGACGCCAACUGUUGCUCACACAGCGGCAGCAGCAACGUUUGCGUGCCCAGCGACUCGAGCAGCAGCAACAACGCAAACAACAGCAACAGCAACUGCAACAACAGCAGCAACAACAGCAGCAGGAGUCAACGACAAAUGCAGCACAACAGACGUUGGCAACCACAGUGGCAACUGUUGCAACGGGCACCAGUGACAAUGGCAGCUGUUGUGAGCAGGCAACAACAACAUUGGGUCUGCCCAGCGGUUGCUCGCCCAGUGCAUCGCCAAAGCGUGUGCGUCCACGCAAGCAAGCAAUUGCUGCACUGCAUCUGCUCGAGAGUCUGGACACAACGUUGACGCGGGGAUAUUUCAGUGAUCCGGAGCUGAACAGCAGCAGCGGCGGCAACAGUUGUCGCGGUCAGGCAACUGUUGGCCUCUAUGCGCCGACAACACCAUCCCCGCUGCUGGCACCAACACAACAACAACAACAACAGCAGCAGCAGCAGCAGCAGUCACAGCCGGCAGUUGAGAAACGCUCCAAGUCGGAGACAAAAAAACCGCUGGCAGCAACAAUUGCAUUCGCUGCAUCGCUGGCAACGUCGCUGUCAACGCAGUCUACCUCAGCUGGCGUCGAGCCGCCGGCAAAGAAGCCGCGCAGGCAACCGGUGAAGUCCAAGGUCAAAGUCAAGGCCAAGGUCAGGCCGACAACGGUCAAGGGACGCAGAGUAGCAGCAGCAACAACUGCAGUAACAACAACUGCAACAGCAACAACAACUGCAACUGCAACUGCCGAGACCAAUAAUAAUGAGUAUCAAACAGCAGAUUUGCAAGCACAAAAAUGCAAUGCCACGCCCACAGUGCCAGUUGCUGUUGCAACAGCAACAGUUGCUGCCGACGCCGCAGCAGCAGCAGUAGCAGCAGCAACAGCAGCGACAACAAAUCAGCCUCAGCAACAUUCCGAUGAGCAACACAAGUUCCUGGUACCCUCGACGCCUCUAGACGCCUCAAUGUUAACAGCCACGCCCACGCCCAUCACAACAACAACAGCAACAACAACAACAACAACACCAGCCACUCCAGCACGUCACGCGCACACAACAACACAUACGAAACGCGCACGAUCACGUUGCAAAUUUGGCAAUCGAAAGAAGCAACGUCAGCGUCCCGGCGGCGUCAGCUUCGAGCUGGACGAGACUCAACCACCGGCGACGCGGGCAAAUGUGGUGCCCAAGUGGAACAACGGAUGGAUGUGGGCGGGCAAACCCUUCCAAGGCGCCGUCUUUCUCAAUAGUGAUGAUCCGUUGGUGCUGCGCACCUGUUACCCAAUGAUGCGGCAUGUGGAGGGCGACAUCAUAAGGACGCGAGAUUGUGUCCUGCUCAAGGCCAACGAGGACAACGAGCUGCCCUAUGUCGCCAAGGUGGCGCAUCUCUGGCAGAAUCCCGAGGAUGGCGAGAUGAUGAUGUCCUUGCUCUGGUACUAUCGACCGGAGCACACGGAUCAGGGCCGGCAGCGCAAUGAUUGUCCGGAUGAAGUGUAUGCAUCGCGUCAUCGAGAUCACAAUUCGGUUGCCUGUAUAGAGGAUAAGUGCUACGUGCUGACCUUUAGCGAGUACUGCAGAUAUCGUCGACGUCUGCGCGCCGUCGAGGAGGAUGUGGAAGAUGUAAGCAUUGUGCCGCGACGCAGCAAUACUGCAAAUUGUUUUACGGUACGCACUGUACCGGAUCAUACGAAUCCGGAGCUGGUCAUGUUCUGUCGACGCGCCUACGAGUUCCGAACGCGUCGCCUGCUCAAAUUGCCCCAAAAGAACGCGCUGGUGUGCAGCUAGCGCCGGUUUAAACAGCCAAAUGAAUUGGGCAAGGAUAUAGAAAGAGUAACGGAAAAGGAAUCCGCAACAAAAGCAGACACAGAUGUAGUAGCUGAUAGAAAAACAAAAUGGAAAACUUAGGAUACGUUUGCUCCAUUAGCGUAUAAGAGGCGAGUGCGGUGGAGUGACUGAUCGCACGGAUUAGGUCAAUCGAUGCUAAACCAACAACUGUUGACAAUUGCAACAAUACAUAGACAAACAAGACAAGAAAAAAAAAAACUCACAAACACACACACACACACACACACGACCAAAAUGGGAAGAGCAAAAUGAAAAUGGAAAAUGAGAAAGGGAAAUGUAACUGAAAUUGUGCGCAAGAACACGCAGUUUUUCAACGGAUUUACAUUGUAUAUGUAAUUUACAUAAUUUAUUAUUUAUUAUGCGCCCAACGCACACACACACACACACACGCACCCACAUCCAAAUACACACACACACACACACAAUUUGUUAUUAAGUUAAUUGUAUUUAUUAUUGAGUUUAGUCAACAAUCUUAAGUUUUAUCUACACUGUUAACACCCUGAUUUAUUUGUUUUUCCUUUGUUGUUUUCAAUUUCAAUUAUUAUUAUUACAACUAAAACUACUCUACAAAAUUAAUGCUCAGGCAAACACUUUGCGCACACGCUCUGCUAAUUGGAGAAGAAUAAGAGAUUUCUUUGUGAAACAAAAUCCAAAAGAGAGAAAA